AUGGCAGUAGAUAGUGAAGAUAAUGAAAACAAUGAAUAUAGUGAAUAUAGUGAAAAUAGUGAAAAUAGUGUAGAUAGUGAAAGACAAGAAGAAAUGAUGUCAAGUUCUAAAAUGAGAGAAAAUUCACAAGAUCUUCAAGAAUAUGAUGGUGAUGUUUCAUUAAUAUCACUUUCAAUUUUGGAAAGAUAUGAAAAUUUACCUUUGAAUUUACGAAGUUUUAAAGAAGAACCUAAAAUUAAAAAU